AUGGCAUCGCUCUAUCCAGAGCAAUAUUUAACGCCCGUGAGUACGGGCGACAUAAGAAAUCGUUAUAAACCAAAUUAUAAAAGUUAUACUACUUCUCAGAUAUAUGAUUUAGACGAAAACUUAAAGGAAAGGAAAUCCUACAGAUCCCUGAUAGGAUUAUCUCCUACAGACACUUAUAAUCUUAUUGGACUUACAAUAAUCGCUUUCUUUGUAAGAUUAUUUCAUAUAGAACAUCCUAAUUCCGUAGUUUUUGAUGAGGUUCAUUUUGGCGGUUUUGCAUCAAAAUAUAUUAAGGGUACUUUCUUUAUGGAUGUGCAUCCUCCGCUAGCAAAGUUACUCAUCACUUUUGCUGGCGUAUUGGGUGGUUUCGAUGGGAAUUUUGAUUUUAAAGAAAUUGGCAUGGACUAUAUUGAACCUAAAGUUCCGUACGUGAUCAUGCGUUUACUAUCAGGAAUUCUAGGGGUUUUAGUAAUACCAAUUGCAUAUCUAACAAUUAAAUUAUCGGGGUUUUCAACGAUUGCCGCAUUUUUAGUCGCAAAUUUAAUACUAUUUGAGAAUGGUUUGAUAACUCAAAGUAGACUUAUAUUACUUGAUUCACCAUUGAUAGCUUUUACGGCAUUUACAGUAUUAAUGUGGGUCAAAUUUCUGAAUCAAGAAAAAAGACCAUUUGAACUAUGGUGGUGGGUUUGGAUGGCGAUGACUGGUGUAGGUCUCGGUCUUACAGUUAGUGUUAAAUGGGUGGGUCUUUUCACAAUUGCCUUUGUUGGGCUUUCAACUAUUAGUGGACUAUGGAGACUAUUAGGCGACUUACGUGUUACUCCAGCACUAUUUCUCAAACAUUUUAUUGCUCGAGCAUUAUGUUUGAUUGUUAUUCCUAUAUCUUUGUACAUGUUUUUCUUUGUGAUUCAUUUUGCGGUAUUACGAAACAGUGGGUCGGGUGUUGGGUUUAUGAGUUCCGAAUUCCAACAGACAUUAGGAGGACAUGGAAUGCAGGAUAUGCCACUUGAUAUUGCAUAUGGGUCUACAAUUUCUAUUAGGCACGAAAAUACACAAGGAGGUUAUCUACAUUCACAUCUGCAUAAUUAUCCAACGGGUAGCAAACAACAACAGGUUACUUUGUAUCCACAUAAAGAUGACAAUAAUUUAUGGGCUAUUGAUAAUCAAACUGAUCCUGAAGUACCGUUUAGCGAAACCGACCCAAACUGGAUAUAUCAUAAUUCAAUAAUUCGUCUCAAUCAUAUUAUAACUAAAAGGAGAUUGCAUAGUCACAAUGUUAGACCACCAGUAACGGAUGCAGAUUACCAAAAUGAAGUCAGUACUUACGGAUAUGAUGGCUUUGAAGGUGAUGCAAAUGAUCAUUGGCGUGUAGAAAUCACUGAUUAUGAUAAAUCUGAUCCAGAAUCUCGCGAACGUCUUCGUACACUUCAUACAAAAUUCCGUCUUUAUCAUGUUAUUACCGGGUGUUAUCUUUAUUCUCAUAAGGUUAAAUUACCUGAGUGGGGUUUUGAGCAGCAAGAAGUCACCUGCGUUAAAGGCGGGCACUAUCCAAAUACUAUCUGGUUUAUAGAAUCAAAUUCUCAUCCGAAAUUACCGGAUGAUGCAGAGAAAGUCAAUUAUCGGAAGCCUGGAUUUUUUAAAAAAUUUUUAGAACUUAACAAAGUUAUGUGGACUACCAAUAGUGGACUAACUGAUUCACACCCUUAUGAAUCUCGCCCUUUAUCUUGGAUACUUUUAAGUCGAGGUAUUAACUUUUGGUCCAAAGAUAAUCGCCAAAUUUAUUUACUUGGAAACCCUCUCGUGUGGUGGGCUUCUACUUUUUCAAUAUUGUUCUUUAUUACUGCAAAAUUGAUCUUUCUUUUAAGAGAAAAAAGAGGAUAUAAAGAUCAUAUGGAUGGUAAAAAAGAACAUUUUGAAUCAUGGUCCGGAUUAUUCUUCAUGGGAUGGUGUUUGCAUUAUCUCCCAUUUUUCUUAAUGUCUCGACAAUUGUUUUUACAUCAUUAUCUCCCUUCAUUAUAUUUCGCAAUUCUUUUAAUUGGCGUAGCAUUUGAUUUAUUCACACACAAACUGUCAUUCAGAAAUCAGUUAAUUACCGCAAUAAUAUUUUUAGUGGCAAGUGUAUAUGUAUUUACAAUAUUUUCACCAUUAGUUUAUGCUGGUCCGUGGACAAAAACAGAUUGUCAGAAGGCUAAAUGGAUAAGUACCUGGGAUUUUGAAUGCAGCACACAUCUUGAUAACUAUGAAGAUUAUCUAAAUAGUGUGAAUAUAGAUUUCAGAGAGUCUGAUAAUGUGUCAAAUAUAACAGAAUUUUCUCAGGAAUCGGAAUCGACAACUGGUAUUGCUUUCGAAGAACAACCAUUUGUAAAAGAGGUUUAUGAUCAUGAUGAGGAAAAUAGAUUCGAAGAUGAUGUGGAUCAAGAUGUACAUGAGAUGAUUGCAAACGAACAUUAA